AUGUCUCCAAAAGGCUCGAUUCUCGUGACAGGCGCCAAUGGCGGCCUCGGCAGCGCGAUUGCAUCACAAAUUGUCUCUUCGCCGGAGCUUGCGGCCCACCAUGGUAUUUACACAGCCCGCAACGCUGCGUCCGCUUCCGCACUCGAUGCUGCUCUGCGAAGAUCACACUCGAGUUCUACCGCCGCACCUCAUUCCUUCGAGCAAGUCUCUCUCGACCUGUCGCGACUUAGCAGCGUACGAGAAGUAGCCGCGGAUAUCAACCCACGCGUUGCUGCGGGCCAGAUCCCUCCGAUCCGAGCCAUUAUCCUCAACGCUGGGGUCGAACAAUUCGCGACGCAGACUUGGACUGAGGACGGGUUGGAUCUGACCUUUGCCACUAACUACCUCGGGCAUUGGCUGCUUACCUUGAUGCUCCUUGGGAGUAUGGACCGAGAUAGAGGGAGGAUUCUUUGGGUGACGAGUUGGUCACACAAUCCACGAGAUAAGCAUAAUUCACUCAACGGGGCUUAUGAAGAGGACAGGUUUAAAACCUUCAUCUCGGAUGACCUCGAGCCUAUCGCCAAAGGCUCUUGGAGUGCGACGAAGGACGACUCUACAGGUUGGGCUGCGGGCUACAGACGCUAUGGCGCGUCCAAGCUCUGCGGAGUAAUGAUGAUUCACGAGCUUCAGCGCCGCCUCGACCAGGAACCCCUCCUCAAGAACAUAUCGGUCCUUGCACUCGACCCGGGCGCGAUGCCCACUGGAAUCAUGCGUCACAAUGAGUCCUGGUUUGUGCGAUUUGUGAUGUUCCAAGUGAUCCUCCCCCUAAUCACAGUGUUCUGGGGCUGGCUCUGGCCGAACGGGGCAUUUCGGACCCUCGAGAAGUCUGCCCGUGACAUUCUCACCGCCGUGGUCGCCUGUGGCCCGCCACCGCUCAGUGAACACCCAAAGGGCCUUUUCCUCAACGGAUCGCAGCAGGGUGAGUAUAACACGGAAGCGCUGGAUCCCGUCAAGAGGGAUGUAGUAUGGAGAGGCAGCGUUCGAUACGCGAAAUUGGAGAAAGGCGAAACUCUACUUGAGAGAUGGGAAUAA